UAAACGUCCCUUGGGACCGAGGCGCCUACCCGGCAUCUCCAUUUCCCCGGAGGCCAGGGCCGAGAGCUCGGGCAGCUCUUCCUGGAGUCCCCACCUCCCCUUCGGGUGUAUGAGAACCUGGCUCCGGCACAGACGAACCAUUCCCUCGUCCUGGUCCUGGAUCCCUCUCUGAUCAGGCGAGCCCGUCACAGUCCUGGCCGGCUGGUAGCUAACAGCCGUCCCAGUGUGGGUAGAGGCGUGGAGACACGGUGAGAUUCUUUCAGACUGUGGAAGGCCGCAAGAAAAAAGACAAGGGCACAGCCACUCCCACAGAAUGCCAGAGGGCCCUGAGCUGCAUCUGGCCAGUCACUUUGUGAAUGAAGCAUGCAGAGGGCUGGUGUUUGGUGGGUGUGUGGAGAAGUCUUCUGUCAGCCGCAACCCUGAGGUGCCCUUUGAGAGCAGUGCCUAUCAUAUCUCCGCCUCAGCCCGGGGCAAAGAGCUGCGCCUGACACUGAGUCCCCUGCCUGGGGCCCAGCCCCCACAGGAGCCGCUGGCCCUCAUCUUCCGCUUUGGCAUGUCUGGCUCCUUCCAGUUGGCACCUGCUGAUGCACUGCCACCCCAUGCCCAUCUGCGCUUUUACACAGCUCCACCUGCUCCGCGGCUGGCUCUGUGCUUCGUGGACAUCCGCCGAUUUGGCCACUGGGACCCUGGGGGCAAGUGGCAGCCAGGUCGUGGGCCCUGUGUCUUGCUGGAAUAUGAACAGUUCAGGGAGAAUGUGCUACGAAACCUAUCAGACAAGGCCUUUGACCGGCCCAUCUGCGAGGCCCUCCUGGACCAGAGGUUCUUCAAUGGCAUUGGCAACUAUCUGCGGGCAGAGAUCCUGUACCGGCUGAGGAUCCCUCCCUUUGAGAAGGCCCGCACUGUGCUAGAGGCCCUGCAGCACCACCGGCCGAGUCCAGAGAUGACCCUGAGCCAGAAGAUCAGAGCCAAGCUGCAAAACCCAGACCUGCUGGAACUGUGCCAUUCAGUGCCAAAGGAAGUUGUUCAGCUGGGGGGCAAAGGCUACGGGCCGGAGCACGGGGAGGAAGACUUUGCUGCCUUUCGAGCCUGGCUGAGGUGCUAUGGCAUGCCAGGCAUGAGUUCCCUACGGGAUCGGCAUGGCCGUACCAUCUGGUUCCAGGGUGAUCCUGGACCUCUGGCACCCAAAGGGGGCAAAUCCCGAAAAAAGAAAUCCCAGGAAACACAGCUUCAGCCCAAGGAAAAAUUGGAGGACCUUCCACCUCCAAACAAGGCCCCUUCCAGAACACCAAGGGCUAGGAGACACCUUCCCAAGAAGACUGCAAUACAGCAGCCUGAGGGGACCAGCCUCCAACAGGACUUGAAAGCUCCCACAGUCCCUGAGAAAGGGAGGAGGAAGGGGAAACAGGCAACCACAGAGCGCCGUGGACCCUGGAAAAAUAAGGCUGACAAUCCAUCUAAGGGAUCUGGGAGAACCUCAGCCUCUUAGCAAGAGACUUGUGUUGCUUGUAUCACCCUUUCCUUGCCAAUAAUCUGGAGGCCCAUCUGAAUUCCCUAAGUAUUUGAAGGGCUUUAUGCCCCAAGCCUGUGGCUGUUCCCUACACAACUGAUAUUUUUCAUUGUACCUCACCUUCCACAUUUAAAUUUUUUUUUUUUAGUUGUAGAUGGACACAAAUAAAUACAUUAUUAUUUUUUUAAAUGUGGUGCCCCACAUAUGCUUGCUAGGCAAGUGCUCUACCACUGAGCAACAAUCCUGGCCCCACCUUCCACAUUUUUUAAAGCCCAUGUGAGAAAUGCAUUUUUAAACUAAAUUAAUAAAACUGAAUUUCUUGGCA